CGCAAGUGCGGGUGUUCGGUUGAUCGAGCGAACCGGCCACGCCCUUCUGAUCUGAAAGAGUGAAAUCACCGGCACUACAAGCUAAAGUGUAUGAACAAACAACGGCCACCAGAUCAACGUUCUUCUUAGACGCGAGGGACCAGAAAGAGUCCAGCAAAGAUGGCCGAAAUAAUGGCUAGAGUGAUGUAUGACUUUGAAGGUGACACGGAGAACGGAGAGUUGGUGAUAAAAGAAGGAGAUGAGGUGGUGAUCCUUGAUCAGAAUGUAGGAGACGGUUGGUGGGAGGCGAGAGUUACCAAGUCAGGGCAGACUGGACUCGUGCCAGAGACCUACAUCGAGCUGCUAAACGGUGAGGGAGGAAGAGGAGGAGAGUAUGACGAGGCUCAGCUGGAGGGAGACGAGCAGGGAUGGGACGAAGAGGAGGACGAAUGGGAUGAGAAUCCCCAGGACGAGGGAGGGGGCGUGUCCUCCAGUUCCCGUAGUUACUCCGAGAGCUACCACAACCGUCAGAGGACAGAGUCGGAUCGCUAUGGCGACCAGCGGAGUCGAUCCCCGGCAACUAGCGAGAAGAGUACAGGGUUCGGUCGGGCAGGCACAGUCAAGAAGAACCUCAACCGAUUCUCACCAUUCGUGAAGGCUGGUGCAGAGACCUUUAUUCUGGGAGUAGCUUCUCCAAAGGCUCAUAUCACGGCUCAAGAUAAACUGAGAAUAGUACUGUCCCCCGAGCAGACUCCAAUGUGGGAGCCAUCCCCCGAGCCGUUCACUGUGGAUGUCCGUGACCCUGAGAAGAAGAAGAAGUUCAAAGGAAUGAAGAGCUUCACUGCCUUUCGCAUCGUUCCAUCUAGCACUGGUAGAAUGGUGAGUCGACGCUACAAGCACUACGACUGGCUGCACCAGAGACUGGUGGAGAAGUUCACAGUAACAGCCGUCCCUCCCCUCCCUGACAAACAGUUCUACGGGCGGUAUGGGGAGGAUUUUGUGGAGAAGAGACGACAGAAACUCCAGAUGUGGAGCAAUCGCAUCGCCAGACAUCCUGUGCUCUGCAGAUCUGAAGUCAUUACACAUUUCUUCCUGUGUGACGAUGAGGGAGGGUCACAGUGGAAGGCAGGCAAGAGGCGGGCGGAGAAGGACGAAAUCAUAGCUGGUGUGUUCUUCUCCACUGUUGAACACCCGGAGGUCCACAUGGAGAGAGAGACAGCGGAGAGUGAGGUGGAGCACUUUGGGAAGUUCCUGCACGCCACGAAGGAGAGCGUGGCAAAGGUUCGCGGGAAAUUCAUCGACCACUGCAACCAGAUGUCUGGACCUUUUGCGGCAGAGUUUCACAAGAUGGCAGCAGUUGUGAAUGGCCUCGCCCAGUGCUUUGCCAUUGAGAACAAAGACUACUCGAAGCCACUGACAGAUGCAAUAUCCCAGGCAGGAGAGACCCUCAGGGAUAUUGGGCAGAUGCACGCAGAACAGCCAAAGUAUGACAUGCUACCGGCUCUGGAUGUGUUGAAGGAGUACAUCGGCAUGAUGCAAGAGUUCCCCGACCUUGUGGAGAUCCACCGGGGAGCCAUGAGGAAGGUUAAAGAUGCCGACCGGAUGAAGGAAGAGGGACGCAUUGAUAUGGUGGAUGCGGACCAGGUGACGACGCGGUCGGACACGGUGUCCAACGUGGUCCUGGCCGAGAUCUACCACUACCAACACGAGAGAGUCGUCGACUUCAGAGAUCUCUUCAAAUCCCUCCUCGGAGCCAAGAUUCAGUUCUAUAAGGAGAUUGUUCACAAGCUGGAGAUGGCACAGGGUCACUUCAACGAUGGAACUGACCUUUGACCUCUCACCAGCUCUACACACAAUUAUAGUGCACCCAAGGCUAUGUGUAACUUUCUAAUUAGUGCCCCCUGGAUACCACAGACACUGCCAGGACCCAUCGCAUUGUUGUACACAGACAUUAUGCAUAUUUUUGUUCAAUUUUCUCCUGUUCUUCUGUAAUAUAAAAAAACCUUGGGAUUUUUGUUUGGUAAUAAUAAUUACCUAUUUUGUACAUAGGAGUAUCAAUAUCGGUUGUUUGUGCUGUGUAAGUGUUUCAACUGAUGGUCAGAGAACGGUCGCAUUGCUUGUCCUCUCAUUUGCAGACCAACUUGUGCCAAAUGUGGUCAAUCAAAUACAGAACGAACGC